AUGGCCAAUGCUCUUUCUCAGUUAACCAGUUAUUUUCAAGCUAAAGAUGAACAUUUAAGAGUAUUGGCGUAUCUAAAUCAUAGCCAAGAUUCAAAGGGUGCCAAUAAAGAUAAGAUCCUUCAAGAGUUAAAGUUAGUAAGCCAUGAAUUGGAUAAGAUUGAUCAACUAUUGCAGCAAUUUAGUCAAUGUAUCCAGCGUGAAAAAGAUGCAAUUGGAGAAGCCAAGAAAUUAGAACAAGAUUUAAAGACAAAUUUGGAAUCUUUCAAACAUCUAGAGGCCAAUGUACCGGCUAAACUUUUAGAAAGGCUAUCGACAGUAAGUUCAACGUGUGAGGAUGAAAAAGAAAACGUAAAGGAUGAGCCAGCUUCGAAUAUACCAGUAUGUAAUACUGAAGUAAACAAGAAACAAGACAUUCUUCCUGCAAUUGAACUUGUAACCCCUGAAGAAUUGGAUUCAAUACCACACUACAUCAGGGGCCGAUUGUCAUUAAAAUUUGUUAAUUCAACACUGGAAAAUCUCCUAAAAGUUGCACGUAUUAAAUAUAAAAUUUUAAAUAAACCAAAGUCAGCUAUGAAUCAGCAAACGUUGGCUAAAUUCAGGAAAUUCAAGGAUGCCGAAUGUGACGAAACUGCAGGCUUCAUUUUCAUUACCGAUGAGGAUCUUCGUGAAAAUGGAAAACUUAAAAUGGAUCUUAGCACAAAGAAUGCUAUUACUGUCUUACGGCAUACGGAUAGGAUAGUUGUCCUCAAGCGUAAUAGAGUAACACGUUAUCUCCUGCAAUCUUGCUACUAAUAUAAGC